UGCUGCCUGCUCUCUCAAGGCGCCAAUAGAUCUCUGACCACUUCUGCCUCCCUCAAUGUCGCCCCAAAAGAGGUAUCCAGUAUUCUUGAGGAGCGCAUCCUCGGUCAAACUAUGGAUCUCAAUAUUGCGGAGACGGGACGAGUUCUCAGCGUUGGGGAUGGGAUUGCUCGCGUUUAUGGUCUAAACAAUGUGCAGGCUGAAGAGAUGCAGGGCAUGGCUUUGAAUUUGGAGGCUGACAACGUUGGUGUGGUAGUCUUCGGUAACGAUAAGUUGAUUAAGGAGGGUGAUAUUGUCAAGAGGGCUGGCGCCAUUGUCGAUGUACCUGUGGGGGAGGAAUUACUCGGCCGAGUUGUCGAUGCUUUGGGCAACCCAAUUGACGGUCAAGGGCCAAUCAAGGCGAAAUCUAGACAGCGUGUUGGCAUUAAAGCGCCAGGUAUAAUUCCACGUACUUCUGUCAAGGAACCAAUGCAAACAGGAAUGAAGGCAGUCGACAGUUUAGUCCCUAUCGGGCGUGGUCAACGAGAACUUAUCAUUGGUGAUCGUCAAACUGGUAAAACCGCUAUCGCUAUCGAUACUAUAAUAAACCAGAAGCGAUUUAAUGAUGAGCAAGAUGAAAAGAAGAAGCUAUAUUGCAUUUAUGUCGCCAUUGGACAGAAGAGGUCCACAGUUGCUCAACUUGUCCGUCGUCUUACAAACGCGGAUGCUAUGAAAUACACCAUCAUUGUAUCUGCCACUGCCUCAGAUGCGGCUCCGCUUCAGUAUUUAGCUCCCUACUCUGGCUGUGCUAUGGGGGAGUACUUCCGUGACCACGGAAAACACGCUCUCAUAAUCUAUGAUGAUCUAUCUAAGCAAGCUGUUGCCUACCGCCAAAUGUCUUUGCUCCUUAGGCGCCCUCCCGGACGUGAAGCCUAUCCCGGCGAUGUUUUCUACCUUCAUUCGCGUUUGCUAGAACGUGCCGCUAAGAUGAACGAUGCCUAUGGGGGAGGUUCACUGACGGCCCUUCCCGUUAUCGAAACUCAGGCUGGUGAUGUGUCUGCCUACAUACCGACUAAUGUCAUCUCGAUUACUGACGGACAGAUCUUCCUUGAGACCGAACUUUUCUAUAAGGGUAUUCGCCCCGCCAUCAAUGUCGGCCUCUCAGUUAGUCGGGUUGGCUCCGCUGCCCAGACGAAAGGCAUGAAGCAGGUUUCUGGACGCAUGAAGCUAGAACUUGCUCAAUACCGUGAGGUGGCGGCUUUUGCUCAAUUUGGUUCUGAUCUUGAUGCAGCAACACAAUCUCUCCUCAACCGCGGCGUUCGUUUGACUGAAUUACUUAAACAGGGCCAAUACGUCCCUAUGGCCAUUGAAGACCAAAUUGUUGUGAUUUAUUCGGGCGUUCGUGGCCACCUAGACAAAAUGGAACCUGGCAAAAUCACCAAAUUCGAAAAGGCCUUUUUGGCUCACGUUAAGGCCAACCAUCAGGAUAUCCUGAAAAGCAUUCGUGAUACGGGCGAAAUAAAACCGGAUGUGGAUGAAAAAUUGAAGAAGAUUGUGGUUGAUUUUGUUGCAGGGUACAAAGCACUGGGUACGUUGCAUGUUUGGGCUUGUCUCAUUGAUAAAUCUCAAGGACUACUCUUUGUCGGGGCUGAGGUUCCGAUUGGUUUCUGUGCAUAUGCUGGUGCUCCAACCUCCGCUUCAUCAUUGUGCGCCAAGGCUCGUGUUUUAGACUCGUCACUUGGUGCUCCGAUCCCACAGGCUUCUUUAUUCAAGCGUUCAUUGAGGGCUCUCAGGGCAAGUAUUCUAUAA